CGCGGGGGCGCAUGCGCGGUGCCGCCGCGGCCGGGGGCGGUUAGCGGCUGACGCCGGGGCGCGCGGCCGGCGGCGCGGAGGGGGUGCGGGUACCGCCGGCCCCCGGAGCGGCGGGGCCCGCGCGGGCGGCGAUGGCGGCCGCCGCCGCCGGCUCGGGGGCGCCUGCAGAGGUGCCUGCUGCUGCCGCCGCUGCCGCCGAGGCGGGCGCCGUGCUGCAGCGGGAGCCGCUGUACAACUGGCAGGCCACCAAGGGCUCGCUGCGGGAGCGCUUCGCCUUCCUCUUCUCCAACGAGCUGCUCAGCGACGUGCACUUCGUGGUGGGCAAGGGCAGCCCCCGCGGCGGCGGCGGCGGCGGCGGCGGAGGGGGGGGCCCUCCCGGGCCGGGCCAGCAGCGCAUCCCCGCCCACCGCUUCGUGCUGGCGGCCGGCAGCGCCGUCUUCGACGCGAUGUUCAACGGCGGCAUGGCCACCACCUCGGCCGAGAUCGAGCUGCCCGACGUGGAGCCCGCCGCCUUCCUGGCGCUGCUGAGGUUUCUUUACUCAGAUGAAGUUCAAAUUGGUCCAGAAACUGUUAUGACUACUCUUUACACUGCUAAGAAGUAUGCAGUUCCAGCCCUGGAAGCACAUUGUGUGGAUUUUCUAACUAAGCACCUCAGAGCAGAUAAUGCUUUUAUGUUACUUACUCAGGCUCGUUUAUUUGAUGAACCUCAGCUUGCUAGUCUUUGUCUUGACACGAUAGACAAAAGUACCAUGGAUGCAAUAAGCGCAGAAGGCUUCACUGAUAUUGAUAUUGACACAUUAUGUGCAGUUCUGGAAAGAGACACCCUUAGUAUUCGAGAAAGUAGACUCUUUGGAGCUGUUGUUCGUUGGGCAGAAGCAGAAUGUCAAAGACAACAACUGCCUGUGACAUUUGGAAACAAACAGAAAGUGCUUGGAAGAGCUCUUUCCUUAAUCCGUUUUCCACUAAUGACUAUUGAAGAGUUUGCAGCAGGUCCUGCUCAGUCUGGAAUCUUGUCAGAUCGGGAAGUAGUAAAUCUCUUCCUUCAUUUUACUGUCAAUCCUAAACCCAAAGUAGAUUAUAUUGACCGACCAAGAUGUUGUCUUAGAGGAAAAGAAUGCAGCAUUAACAGGUUCCAGCAAGUGGAGAGUCGCUGGGGCUACAGUGGAACAAGUGAUCGGAUUAGGUUCACAGUUAAUAGAAGAAUUUCCAUAGUGGGAUUUGGGUUAUAUGGAUCUAUUCACGGACCCACAGAUUAUCAAGUUAAUAUACAGAUAAUUGAUUAUGAGAAGAAUCAGACACUAGGACAAAAUGAUACUGGAUUUAGCUGUGAUGGAACUGCCAAUACGUUCAGAGUUAUGUUCAAAGAACCUAUAGAGAUUUUACCAACAGUUUGCUACACAGCUUGUGCUACACUGAAAGGUCCUGAUUCUCACUAUGGAACAAAAGGAUUGAAGAAAGUGAUUCAUGAAUCUCCUACUGCUAGCAAAACAUGCUUUGUCUUUUACAGUUCACCAGGUAACAAUAAUGGUACAUCAAUAGAAGAUGGACAGAUACCAGAAAUAAUAUUUUAUACAUAAUUUCACGUGAUCACCUUGGAUGUGUCUGUGUAUCAGUGGACUUUAGCUCACUAUUGGUGGCUGUCACAAAACUCUGUGAAAUUACAUGAAUAUGUAAAAACAAAACUAACUUGUUUGAGGGGUACCAGAAAAGCUAUUUUCUCUGCAUGAUUACUAGCAGAAUGGGAUUAACUUAGUUUUUCCUCUUAACAAAGCCUCAAGUGGAGUAAGUAUGCUGUAUAUUGAAAAGAUUGUUUUAAAUAGUAUCUUGUGAUUGAUGGCUUUGUAUUUUGACCCCCUUCAUUUCUGACAUAGUGGAAUUCACCUUUUAAACUGGAAAACGUUAUUUGUUAUGAACUUCUAGUGUACAUUUUCCCCAGCCUGUCCUAAAAAGACAGUAAAUCUGCUGCUGUAUUCCCAGCUUACAUUUCUCUCCAAAAUCACCUUGGAAUGACCCUAUGAACCUGCAUUACUAUUUUUUUGUAAAGUUCAUCAGCAAAGCUGGAUUCAUGCUACUAUCACUUUGACUCUUUGGAUGAGCCAUGGAGAAUUAAUGGACUUAGCACUUCAGACAGCAUCAGCAACUGUGGUGAAGAAAUACUAAGUCAAAAUCUGCAAUAUGGAUGUAUCCAGAAUCUCUUAAUUCAGAAGGGCUGUUUUGGAACAUAGAGCUGGUUAUGGAGAUAGCCACUGUAUAUACAUACAUAUGUGCCUGUAAGAAAAUGUAUAAUGUGAAAAUGAGAAUACAAGACUUGUAAUGAUGUUAUUUUAUGACUGGAUGCUCUGAUACUAAAUACUAAAAAGCUAGUAUGAAAUAA